ACAGGCGUUAAGUUCCGCACUUUAAAAUGUUCGCACUUCAGGCAUAUACACUCAGCGCAGUACUGCUAGCGGUGGCGGCGAACCAGCAGUGGUCUCCCUUCGUCCAGAACUUCCAGAACAUGAAGCUCCCAGCAGUCUACUUCCAGCAGCAACAACAGGAUCAGCAGUUCCAACCCAGCGAUUACUCCGGCGGCUACGACUUUGGGGGCCAAGACCACCAAGACCACCAGGAUCACGGCGACGAGGACCACAGCUACGACCACAACUUCGGGAGCCACCCCCAACCCCACUCCUACCCCGUCCACCAGCACGUCGAAGAAGAGAACCCGGAGCCGAUUAAACACUACAAGGAAAUAGUGGUCCCUAUUCACAAGAAUGUAGAGUUCAAAAUCCACCAGCCCGUGCUCAUUCCUGUACCUCACCCCGUCCCAAUUCAGGUACCGGUACCUAAGGCUGUGGUGAUCCCCAUUAUUAAGGAGGUUUCGAUCCCCGUUGAAAAAUCUGUCCCCUACCCCGUGGAGAAAACGGUGCACGUACCCAAAAUCAAGGAGGUUCCUUUCGAGGUGGUGAAGCACGUCAUAGUACCAGUGGAAAAACCCAUACCUUUCAAAGUGCCCGUAUACGAAACAAUCAUCCACACCAAAAAGGGCUCGCACAAGAUUCGUUGAUUCGACGAAUGUCUUUACACGUAAGGAUAUCGUAGCCAUUUAAGACAGGGAAUUAAUUGGUAUUUGUUGGGGUUGAAUGUAACAUGAGAUAAU